AUGUGGCUCGAUUGGUGGGGUCCACCAAUUCUUUGGUUAUUUUUUCACACAAUAUCUUAUGCGGCUUCGACUCAACCAGUCGCCCAAUUCGCGAUGUGUCAAGCAAAAUGUUUACAAGAGUACGCAAAUCGAAAAGAUCGAACGUUACACAGUGGGGAGAUCGUUUUAAACGAGAUCGAGAUCGGCAACAACACGCAGUUUAGCUUGUGCAAACUUGGAUGCUCGGUUUCUGGAUUCUCCGAGUUGGAUUUACCAGCGUUUUUGGUCGGUCAAAGCACGGCAAAAGAGUUGGCAUUGAAGAGUGAAGAAACUUUACCUCAAACUGUCAUCAAUCGGAUCUCGCUUCUUUGUGUCGAUUAUUUACCGACAAAUCAUUCAAUUAACGGCCAAAUAUUCCUUUCAUUCAACAACACUCUCAAUGAUUUCUUUGUCUUUUUUAUUGAGGCCAUAUAUCGAUCAAAUGAAAUGACAAAAGGGGAAACGAUGUUUUGGAGCACUUUUGCGUAUUCACCAUCAAUCGAUGUGACUCUAUCCCUUCCCGUUGAUCUCUCUCAACUCCAUUUUCGUGUCACAACUUUUGGUCUUCGUGCAGUGUUUGGGGAAAUGGUGAAAAGCUCAUGGCUCUCUCGAACAACCAUUGAACAAUCAGCGAUCACAAAAUUAUCAACAAGUGUCAAGAAUCAGCUGUGGAAAGAAGAGCAAGCAGCUGUCGAGCUUCACUUUUCCGCUCCAGCCGGUCAGAUUCCCGCUUGUUCACUCACUCUCUCAUACGAUGCAUCGGUUGAUGAUCUGCAGAUACCAUUUCAAAUGGAUCGUUCCUUGGGAUAUCUUGUUGAUGGUCUUCUUUUUGAGCAUGAUUAUCGAGUCCGGAUUGGAGCAACGAUAAAGACACAACAAGGACAAGAAUUCGCUGGAGAAGAGAGUUUAGUAAAGACAGCACCGUGUCGAAAAUUGGCAAAAGACUCGGGAAUGUGUGCGCCUUCAUCUGUUGAAAAUAUUCAAUGGAGUUGGGCAGGGCAAGACGCGAUUCAACUCAAUUGGUCAUAUCCUGGAGAUGGAGAGAAUCAAUUGGCGACUCCAUAUCGUGCCGUUCAUUUCUCGAUUUCGAUGAGAACUCUUUCAUCGUCUGGUCCACAAUGUGCUGAUGUACCAGAGCAAAAGAGAAGCAUCACUGGGACUCAUCGAUCCGUCCAAUUGUAUCCAAGUGAAACUGGUUGUAAUUACGAGAUCGAGAUCGUUGUUGUUGAUUCGCGAAAUCGUCGCUCACCACCAACGAAAACACAAAUUAUUCGUUACGAGAAAGCAAGCAGUUUGAUUAUUGGAGCUGCGGCAAGAGAUUGGGCACAAGCUGGAAUGUUGUUUGUGAUGUUCACAGUAGUCUUGAUUUCUGUUAUUGCCGCGGUUACUGUAUGCAUUCGAUCGAGAAGGUUGACAAUGAUGCAAAAAGAUUUGGGAAAAGCGUUGAGGCAAAGUGUUGUCACUGGAACUAUUUGCACUAAUGACUCUGGCAGUGAACAAUGGUGUCAAGUUGGAUCGGGGAAACAAAUCGUUGGCUUGAGAUCGGGAUAUCUUGACUCGGAUGAGGAAAGUCAUCGAGGCAGUGGGAGUAGUGGGGAAAGAAGUGAUGGAAACGCGAGAAGAAACUACAGUGCCACACUCCCAAGACCACCAAAUAUGGAUCCACCCCAAAUCCACUAUAUGAGCUCUUUUCGCGGAGUUCACUCGUUGAGGCGACCCGUUCAAUCGAAUAUCUCGCAACAACCGAUUUACGCUAGUGAUGUCACGCGUUUAGCUGACAAAGAUGGAUACACAAGAUUUGUCAAUCAGAAGUUGACCCCAGAGAAACGUGGACCAAGCCUUGCCAUAAUGGAUGCUGUGCUGCCAGCUACCCCCAGAAUUCCCGUUCAUCAAGUCGAUUUGGUGGAAUACUUGGAGUGUGGCCGUUUCACAAUGCAGACACUAGUCGCGGUGAGACAAAAUCGAGACUAUGUGAGAGCUCUCGAAAAACAAGCAAUCGCUGAUGGCCAAAAAUCCGAGUUGGCCAUUCGGAGAGAGCUGCGAGCUGUGCAAGCAAUGUGUGCAACUUCAUCGCACACAGUUCCAUCAAUAUUGCGAUUCUUGGGAGUGGUCACGGAUUUGGUUGAGGAUACGGAACGAGUCUCCGGCUUACUCUUUGAGCAUUGUCAGGGUGGAGAUCUCCUCUCAUUGCUCCAUCUCAUCUCAACUUCACUCCAAGCCACUUCACUCAAUUCCGGCAAUAUCUAUGAGGAUGUUUAUUGCAUUGAGCAAAAGAAUAUUGCUUUAUUCUUGAUUCAAUGUUGUCAAGAUGUGGGAAAUGCUGUGAAAUACAUCUCCGAGUGUGGUUUUCUUCAUCGUGACAUUGGGGUUCAUUGUGUUCAUUUAAUGCUUCCCUGGCAAGAUGCUUUCGUUCAACCACCUGGGCAAAGAGCAAAGAUUGUUGAUUUUGGCCUUUGUGAACCAGUAAGAUUGGGCACAAUCGAUGAUGAUGGAGAGGGAUUGGACUUGAGUCGACUUCCACCAGAAACUCAUGAUGAGGGAAUUUACACAAAAGAAGGGGAUAUAUGGGAAUUUGGUCUUUUCUUGUAUGAGAUUUGCACACUCGGCAGGAAUCCUCUUUUCGAGAUUCGAGAGAAAUCGGACAGAGAUCUGAGGAUACAGCGAGAGGUCAAAAGGAUGGCUUUCGGUGUACAAGAAGUUGAUCAACUCCUCGCCGAACCCCUCCGAUUCCUUAUCUCUGAAUGUCUUCACAUUUCGAUGAGUCGCCGUCCAAAUCCCUCCUCGAUUCUUCGUUUUCUUGAAGAGCUUUUACCUCCAAAAGUCCUACGAACCGAGAGUUUUUAUGUA